UCAGUUGCCUUACAGCCGCAGCACGGAAUGAACGUGCGUUCUUUUUUCAUAAAACAACACUCCAAAAUCUUCAUUUGUGAAUAUCUUGCGUUUCAAUUUUAAACGGUCUUGUUAUUAACCGAGUGUUGUGACAGUUUUACAUCGAUCGUUUGAGUUGUCUGCUGUUUUUGAGGUUAUGUCAUUGAUACGCUAAGAAUUUUGUGGUGAAGUGAUCGGUGAAAAGUGAAUGAAAUCCAAGAUGGCCGCUAUCAAGUUCUUCCUCGUUUUGUGUCUUGCGCACACCGCUUUUGGCAAAGGAUCAGAGGCGCGUGUGGAGUGUACCCCUGAGGUGAUGAGGGUCACCGUGCCGAUGGAUGGCGACCGUCUGAUAUCUUACCUCGACCAGAUGAAAAAUUACCAGCCGUGCAAGCCGGCAGUAGCUGACGGCGUGGCCACCUUCGUGCUGGAUCUACAAGACCAUCACCGGUGUGGGGUCACCAGGAUCGUCAACCAGAUCACUGGCAAAAGAAUAUUCUACCACAAGAUAGCGAUCGAGAACACGAAUGGGGGGCGGGAGACAGUGACCGCGCGGUGUGUGGUGGCGCACAAGCUAAGGGCGCUCACCAGGAGGGCUGUGGAGCCCUUCCCCUUGGACUUCAACGAACCUGAUGCCAUCAACAUCACGAGGUACCAGGAGGGGAUGGCUCCGGACCCGGUCAUUGGCGCUGUUGUUAAGGAGAAUGGAAGACCAGUAUCAGGCGAGAUCUCAGUGAGCCCGGGCACUCCUCUCGCGAUGGAGAUCUUCCUCAACGAGGAAUCUGCCAAGGUGUACGGUCUUCUCGUCAGCUACAUGCAUGUCACUGACACAGGGAAGCAGCAGGAGACCAUCAUUCUUAACGGCUGCUCCGUAGACCCUUACCUGUUCGAUAACUUCGUGACAACAGACGGAGAUCUGCUAUCAGCCAAGUUCAGGGCGUUCAAGUUCCCUGAUACCUCUUAUGUCCAGUUCAAAGGCACCGUCAGCGUAUGUCUGGAUAAAUGCCAGGGGGUGCAAUGCACAAACGGUGCGACGGGUUACGGGCGCCGGCGCCGCGCCGUCGCGUCCGGCGCGCUCCGCAACAAGCUGUACGAGGUGUCGCUCACCGCCUUCAUCAGGGUCGACGCGGCCGGCGGCCAGCAGGCUGAGGACAUCCUAGCACAUCUCAAGCAUCUAAAGAACUUGAAGAUAGGCAACCAAAUGCUGGGAGACACAGAUGGUACGGCCGCCACAAUCAGCGAGUGGUCCCAGGAGAACAAGCUAGUUACACUACCCUCUAGUGCGAAUAUUUGUCGACUAAGCACCAUCCUACUCGUAUGCUCACUGAUACUAUUCAAAUAAAACGUAUAAAGAAACGAUUAGAUCUCUUUUUGUUUUUAAAUUUUGAAUUCCGAACUGUAAGAAAUACGUUAGGAAUUAGGCCAUAGACAUGACGUUAGAAAUUUAUUUUUCGAAGUCGCCUCCGGUAUUUUAGCCAGUUCCAUGCCAAAAAUAAAAAUGUAACUUAAAUAAUAUAUAGCGACGGACAAUCGUUAAUUUUUUAGCAAAAGCAGUUUUUUUUU